AUGUUGAUUUUAUGGACAUCAAUUGGUUGUGCCGGAUUACAGUCUGCAUGUUCGGCGUUGACCAAGUCAUGGCUUGAUGUUCAAGUUGAUUUGGAGUUAUCUGGUGAAAGUGAAAGAAGUGAAGAUAUUAAUUCUGAAUCACUUCUUGGACCUGAAAAUUGGCCACUUCAAGUAUUAAACCAACAACCACGUGGCCUUUUUGCCCUUAUUCAAAAGCUUCAUUCAAGUGAGUCUGUACAUAAAGCUGUAACUCGAGGGUGGGAUAUUCCUCGUUUACUUGACCUUAUAUGGUCAUGGAUGUCUCCAUCAGGAGGCGAUGAAGAUAUUUUCAGGCCACAUGGCGACCCACAGAUGAUCCGUUUUGGGGCACGUUUAGUUCUUGUGCUUCGUCAUUUACUUGCUGAUGAAAUGAAAGAUGCUUUCAAGGAGAAGAGAAUGACUCUUGAGUUGGUAGGAUUCUAUGCAUCUCAGCUUGCACGUCAUCGUUUCAUUGACCAUUUUUGUCCAUAUGAUGGUGUUAUGCUUGAAUGGCAGUUUAGCAGUGUUCAUGUCCGAUACAAAAUCUUUCUUUUUGCUGUAGAGCUCCCGUUUCCCUUGGAGAUGACUCAAAUGGCAGUUUUGAAAAAGGAAAGAGUAUGCAAGGAGGAUCCAGUGUCAUUAGAGACUGGUACUGCUAUUAGAACAAAGUUACCGCAACAUGGUGGAGCUAAUGAUCCUGCACAGUUACUUAAUGAUCUUGUUGGUGAUGGGAUUACAAGGAGCUACCAAAAUCAUGGACAUAGAGGAGAGAAGGAAAUUAAGAAGUCUGGUGUGAACAAUGAGCAAUUCUAUGUUGUUGAUCAUAUUUGUGUUUUAUGA